AGUUGGGUUGUGAGAUGUGGCAGUAUUGUGAUCAUCCAAAUAUGUCCUCCCCAGAAAACAGUGUCAAACCUUAGCAAACCAUCUCAAUUUGGAGCUUUGUUUGGCCAAUGGCUUCUGUGGUAAACGCCCCCUUAAACCUUCUUAAACCUCUCAAUCUUCCUCGUCACAAACUCCGCUUCGGCAGUUGUAUUGUUACGACGCCGUUUCGUUCUACCAUCAAUGAACCAUUCCUCACUCCUCAGAGCUCAAAGCAAAGAUCUUCAUCCAUCAUCUGCUUUGCUUCUGAGAAACAAAGUUCUACUGAUACUAGUUCCACGGCCAGGAUCAGGAGUGAAGUUCUGACUCCAUUUCGCUCCGUUCGGAUGUUUUUCUAUCUUGCUUUCAUUGCAAGUGGUGGUUUGGGAGCUUUGAUAGCAACCACACAGUUGAUUGCAGCACUAACAAACCCAUCAAGAGCACUUGAUGCCCCUGAAAUUGCAAAGGGUCUUGGAAUAGAUAUUGGAGCAGUGUCUCUCUUUGCAUUCUUGUAUUAUAGGGAGAACACUGCCAAGAAUGCACAGAUUGCUAGGUUGUCAAGAGAGGAGAACCUUUCAAAUCUUAAGCUCCGGUUGGAUGAAAAGAGGGUCGUUCCUGUCAGCUCUUUCAGAGGGUUUGCUCGGCUUGUGAUAUGUGCUGGCCCUGCAUCAUUCAUCACCGAGUCGUUUAAGUUCAGCGAGCCUUUCACCGAAGGGCUUGUGGAAAGAGGAGUAUUGGUGGUGCCCUUUGCUACGGAUGGUAAUUCACCAAGUUUUGAGUUUGAUGAAAGUGAAGAGUCUAAGGAUUUUACUUCAAAGAGAAAGAGACUCUGGCAGCUGACUCCUGUUAUUGUUAGUGAAUGGACCAAUUGGUUAGAUGAACAAAAGAAGCUGGCUGGUGUCUCCUCUGACUCACCUGUGUAUAUAUCUCUACGCCUCGAUGGUCGUGUUCGUGGCAGUGGCAGAGGUUACCCACCUUGGAAUGCUUUUGUUGCUCAGUUACCGCCUGUUAAGGGAAUGUGGUCAGGUCUUCUGGAUGGUUUUGAUGGAAGAGUUUAA